AUGUUAAGCUCAAGAUAUGAGGAGAACGAGAACAUUCGUGUUACUAGUUCAUGUUGGUUAAACAAACAAAAGAACUAUGAAAUAAUAAAAAAAAAAAAAAUAAGUUGGAAUAAUAGAAAUGAAAGGAUAUACACUGAUUUUAAUAUAUGUACAACUUCUAUUAUUAGUCCUAUAUUAAAAUUAAAAAACGAUUUAGAAUGUAUUAGUGAGAAUAAGAAAAUAAAUAGACAAAGGGAAAAUAGAUAUAUAUAUGAGGAGCAAGAAUUAUUAAAUAUAAAUAAUGAUGAUGAAAUUACUUCAAUGUUAUAUAGAAGUAAAGCAUUCAAUGAAACGUGGUUACAUAUAAACAACUAUAUGAAUUGUUUUAUAUAUAAUUAUUUAAGUAAUAUUAUAGAUAAAGAAAUAAAUUUCUUAAAUACAAAUUUAUGUUUAAAAGAUGAUAAAAUCUCUUUAUUGAUUCUAAAGACCCAGACGUGUCCCUUUUCUAACUUGUUACAAUAUAAAAUUAUAUGCGACAAGUUGAAAUUAUUAAAUAAUUGUAGCAAGAAUAAAACAAGAGGGAGAUUUAUACAGGAACAAGAAGAUAAUAUGUAUGAUAGUAAUAAAAAUAAUGAUAGUAAUAGUAAUAAUAAUAUAAAUUAUACAUAUAACAAUCUUGAUGAUCAUCCCUUUUAUCAUAAAAAUAAUUAUGGUGAGUUUUAUAAAUAUACAAUGCUAAAAAAAGAAAAGAAAAUAAUUUCUUGCAUUAUUAAUGUAUAUUCUAAUGACAGUGUAGAAAAUAUAAUUAUGCGUAUUAUAAAAAAAGUGAAUUCGAAUUUUUUUUUAAAAGUUGAUCGAAAUAAUAUGAAUGAAUUAUUUCAUCAGAUGUGUUGUCAAAAAAAGAGAAAAAAAAAAAAAAAAAAAAGUGUUUUAAUUAUUUUUAUUAAAGAUUAUUUAAAAUUAAAAUCAUCGAUAUUUAGUGCUUUCUUAUUAUAUCUAAUGCAUUUAAAAGAAAUAUAUUUAUUAAAUAUAAGUGUUAUCAUAACAAAUAAUUGUAUUUUGUCUGGUCUUAAUAAUCUGGAUUAUUUUAUAAAGAAAAAUAUGUAUGUUAAUAUAUUCAAUUUAUAUAUAAGUUAUUCUACAUUAAUUCAGAAUAUGAUAUUUAAUCCUAUUUUUAAUAAUGUACUUUUUAAAUUAAAAGAGUAUUAUAUAAUCAUAAAUAAUUUACUUUUAUUAAAUAAUAGCAUAAAUUUUUUAAAAAUAAAAUAUUUCUUUUAUAUGUUUAUAAAAGAUUUUUAUGAUAAAAAAAUUUUGUCUUUCUUAAAUAUACCCUUAUCAUAUUUUCUUCUUCAGGAUCAAAAUAAAGAUGAUAUUAUAAUGGAAUAUAAAAAAAACAAAAAAAAAAAACAAAAAAAAAUAAAUAAAACGUAUAAGCAAAAUUUUAAUAUAUUUAAGAAAAAUAUUAUAGAUUCUUACAAUAUGUUAAAUAUUAAUGAGCUCUACAAAACAUUUUUAAUUUUAUUUUGUUCCAGUAAUUUUUUUGAAAAACACAUAAAUUAUUUGAAGAUUAAAAAUUCAUACCAUUAUAGAUAUAUUAUGCAUAUCAUCGAUUCAUAUAAAAAAGAAAAAAAUAAUAUUUUUCUCGUUGAACGUGAUACAUUAUGUCAUGGAAAAUAUAAGGAACAUAUGGAUAAUAUAAAAAUCAAACAAAAGAAAAGAGACACAAAUAAAUAUAAUAAUAAAAGGAAAAAUAUUUAUUUUGAUCCAUCUUGUACAGAUUAUAAAACAUUAAAAAAAAGUAAGAAAAGUCAAGAAACUGAAAGGAAAUAUGUAGAAGAAGAAAAUGAUAACUAUGUAAAUAAUAAUAAUAAUAAUAAUAAAUUAAAAAAUGAUAAUAACAAAAAUUUACCUUUUUACAAUUGUAUUAAAGAUUUUUAUAUUAACCACAUAAACAAUAAUAAUAAUUCUUUACAUCUUAAUAAUAUUAAUGAUCAUGAUAAUGUAAUAAAUAAUAUAAGUAAUAUAUCACCAAAACAUCAUCAAAAUAAAAUAAUACAAGAUGAGGCCUUUUCUAUCUCCACGUCACAACUUCUUAUAUUAACAAACGAUAAUAUAAAGAAAAAAUUAAAGAACGAUGAAAAUUAUAAAAAUUAUUAUUUCCAAAAAUACGCAGCAUUUAAUCUUACCGAAUCCUUAACACCAAUAAAUAAAUUAUUACAUAAAGAUUUUGAAGAUGAUUGUAAUACUUUAAAACAAUAUAUUAUUAAUAAUUUGUCUAGACACAUGGCACAGGAUCAUCACAUCAAUCCUUUAAAUGUAUUAAAAAUAGAAUGGAGAAAUAACGAAUUUCUAUUAAUAUAUAAAUAUGAACGAAUGAUAAAGAUGUUCAAAGAAUUUAUGUCAUAUAAAAAAAUGGUUGAUACGAAGAAUAAUCAUAAAAAAAAAAAAAAUCAUACUAAUAGUAAAAAUAAUAAACAUGAUAGUUAUCAUAAUAAUAAUAGUAAUGACAAGAAUAAGAAAAAUUGCUUAAAGGAAAAAGAAGAAAACGUUUGUGAAGAGAAUAAUUUAAAUCAAUUAGAAGAUAAUGAUGAUGAUGAUGAAGAAAUGCACAAUACGAAAAAGAGUAUAUUUUUAUAUUAUUAUAAAUUAUUAAUUAAAUCUAUAAGUUUAAAAAUGAUUAAAUUUAUAUACAGAAAAAAUAAAUAUAAUAUAUGUAUCAACAUAAUUAAUAUUAUUUUAAAAAACAUCCCCACCUAUUCUUCUUUACGUAAACGAAUAAAACUUAUGAGCGAGAUGUUUAAAAAGUAUGAACAGAAAUAUUUUAUACAUAAUUAUGAUGAUCUUAAACAAGCAAAUGAUGAUAUAGAAAAGGAGAUAAAGCAGACAUUAAAUACAUUAUGUGACAUUUUAAUAAAUUUGUAUAUUAACAAAAUGGAUGUAUUAAAAAAAAUAUUGAAUGAUAUCUAUAUCUUUAUAAAAGAUAUGUCUUAUAUAAAUAAAUUAGAAAAUUAUAUAUAUAUGCAAGAAAAAAAUAAUAAAAAAUGUAAAAGAAAAAAAAAAAAAAAAAAAAAAAAAUAUAUGUAUAGAUUAAAUAUGCCUCUAUUUAUAAAUAAAUUAAAAUUGUUAAAUGAUUACCUUAAUUAUAAAAUCAACUUAAAUAACACAAAUCACAUCACAAAUAAAAGUCCUUCUAUGGAUAUAAUAUAUCAAGAGAAUAAUAUUGGAAUUAAUCACAAGAUUAGAUAUUUUAAAAACGAAUCAAACGUCAUACAAGAUAAUAUUAAAAAUAAUAUAAGCAGUUAUUAUAAACAUAACAGUAGUUGUUGCACAACACCGAAAAAAAGUAAUGAUUCGAAAGAAAAUAUAUCUUAUGAAGAAGAUAAAAUCGUAGAAAAUAUUCAGGAUCAUCAAAAUGGAACGAAUAAUAUAUUUAAACAAAUUAGUUUGGAUAACAAAGUAACAGAUAAAAUAAUAAAAAAAAAAAAUGAUAAUGAUGAAUAUGGAGAAAUAAAUGUAGAUGUAAAUAAAAAAAUAAAUGAUAUAGAAAAAAUGGUUCAUAAUAAUAAUAAUAAUAAUUUAUUAUCACAUGAUGAUAUAUUUAAUAAUGAUUUAAUAUUUAUAGAAUAUCUUUUAGUUUUUGUAUGUGAAUAUAUUUAUUUUCUGGUACUUCCAAGUAUAUUUUUAUUUCCCCUAUGCAACGAAUUUAUAGCGCAUGAACAUACGACAGAUUUUUUCGAUAUAUUAAAUGUGAAUAUUCAAAAUAAAUUAUUAAAUGUAUUACAUUAUAAUAAGCUACAAUUAAAUGAUAUAAAUAAUGUAAAUAAUGUGAACAAUAUGAACAGUAUAAAUAAUACAAGGAUGGGUAUUAAAACAAAUGAAUGUGUAAAAAGUUUAAAUGAUAAACAUCUUAAUAAUAAACCAAAAUUAAACAAUAAAGAGUGUCAUACAUUAAAUAAGGAUAUAAUAGACACAGAUAAUAAUCAUGAAAUGUAUCGUACAUUUCAUGAUAUGUUAAAUAAAUCAAAAAUGGAGGAUUUGUUAAUUAUAUUUAAGCUUAUAGAAAAUUGUAAUACGAAAUAUAUUAAUGUUUGUAGUAUGUUUGUUGAAUAUAUCAAUAUAAAAUAUAAUGCAAGUAAUAAAUAUAUGGAUGAUCAAAAUUAUAAUGAAGACAACAAAUGUAUAAAAGAUAAGAAGAUAAAAAAUGGUAGUAAUAAUUUAAAUGAUCGUAAUAAAAAUAAGGGUACUAACCAUUACAUAAUUAAAAAUGAAAUAAAUAAUGAAGGAGAAUCAUUUCAAGAAUUAUUUUAUAAAUUCAUUAUAGCAUUAUUAUCUCUUUUCUAUUUUAUAAAAUUAAUACAUAUACCAUCCUCUUUUCUUAAAGGCAAAGAAGAUCCAGAAGACUCAUUUAACGAAAAUCAAGAACAUAAUAAUGUAAACAUUUAUUUUGAUCAAGAAAAUAAUACUUAUAAUGAUGAUAUAAAUGAAAAAUAUUUUCCUCAAGAAAUUAUACAUAGCAAAAAUUUAAAAAAAUCAAAAGAUGUGGAAGAUAUAUCAACAAAUAAGGGAGAAAUAGAGAUGCUUUUAUCAAACAAUAUUGAAAAGUCUUUACCACAAAAAUAUCAUGAUAAUACUAAUUUAACAAAUGAUUUAACAUAUAAAAAAUAUAUACUAGAUAUAUUAAGUAACAUAAAUAUAAAAAAAUUAAUAUUUGGAAAGGCAUACAUGUAA